AUGUCACUGCCAACUCUUCAGGUUGUCCUUGAUAACCGCUGGGACAUCAACACACCACAGAGCUGGAGGGAGCCUCCAUACCUGGGCUGGACCCUUAUGAAGGAAAAAAAGGAGGAAGUCGUCAGAUGGUUUCUUGCUCAUGGCGCCGAUCCUAACGCUUUCGCGUCGCAAGAGGCCAUAACUCCCCUGAGUCGUGCCGUCAAAUAUUCGUCUCUCGCAAUGGUCCGUUUUCUGUUCCAGCACGGCGGCAGAGCAGAUCGUGGGGAGCUUGUCAACUAUGUGUGUCAAAUAAAACCUGGCGACGAGCAAACUCUGUUGAUAUUGCGGUUCCUGCUGGAGAAGGGCGCGCCGCCCAAUCACAUCCUGUACGAAGAGUAUCCCGAGCUUUUCGAUCUUACUAUGUUUAGCUUGACACCACUGUUGACCUGCUGCGUCAAGGGGGAUACUGAGGCUGCUCGAGUUCUUCUACGAUACGGUGCUGAUCCUUGCAAGACGGCUGUGCUGAUGAACAAACUCCCUAUUGACCUCGCACGGGAACACGGCCAUCAGGAUCUCGUUGAUUUGUUGACCAGAGCAAUGAAUCCGUCUUAUAAGGCCUCUGCAUUGGAAAGGCACGUCGGUGCUACUGGGGACUGCCGAAGAUUCGGUUAG